GCUGCUCCCUCUCUCAGUGUUUCUGCCGUGACUCUCUCCUCUCUUUUCGCAGUGUGCUGAACCUACAGGCGGCAGGUGCAGCUUUUCUCACUUUGACCACAUCCGGCACCACAUUUGGAUGUAGCGAACCGAGGCGAUAACUCUGUAAGUGGGCUGGCCACGGAACACCCUGCACGCGAGGAUGUUGCAGUGAUCGACAGCAGAGCAGCUUCUCCACUGUAUCGCACUCCGCCGGCGUCGUCAGCUGUUGCUCGAGCAGAGAGUGGAGGAACAACAGAAGAAGAAAAAGGCCGAACUAUGAUGCGACUGACUUUCUGCCGGUAACCGUUUUCCACCUCAAGUCGACCGGGGAGCGGAUGCGAGCAGAGGUUGCCAUCGAGCCUCUGACUGUGUUUUCUGCCUUUUGUCGGUGCCGGAGGAGCCGUGCCAAUGGAGAAGGCGACUCCGCCGCCCCAGCCCCAGCUCCAGCUGUCGAUAGCGAAGACCGAAAGUCCAGCGGAGGACAUCUCCGGUCUGACGGACGAGGAGCUGCUCAAGUGGACCAAGGAGGAUCUGGUGCGGCGGCUGAGGCGGUCCGAGGCCGACAAGAUGAGCGUGAUUCUGGACCACGGGAAUCUCAUCCGAGAGGUCAAUCGCAGCCUCCAGCUGCACUUGAACGAGAUCAGGGGGCUGAAGGACAUUAAUCAGAAGCUGCAGGAAGACAACCGUGAGCUGCGGGACUUGUGCUGCUUCCUGGAUGACGACCGCCAGAAAGGCAAGCGUGUAUCCAGGGAGUGGCAGCGCCUGGGACGUUACAGUGCCAGCAUCAUGCGCAAAGAGGUGACCCUCUACCUCCAGAAACUCAAGGAGCUCGAGCUCCGACAGGAGGAGGUAAUCCGGGAGAACCUCGAGCUGAAGGAGCUCUGCCUGCUGCUGGACGAGGAGAAAGGGGUGGGAGGUGGAGGAGGUGGGGGUGGAGGAAGUGUAGGGGGAGGUAGUGUAGGGUUGGGAGGGUGCCGCAACUCCAUAGACAGCCAGAGUAGUUUGCUGCUGGUGCCCGGGCAGGGCCUCCUGAUGAGAGACGUGGGGGACGGGAGCAGCACCUCCAGCGCAGGGAGCGCUGACAGCUCCGAUCACCUUCAACAUAAGCAGUCUCACCUGGCUCCAGGGGUGGGCGGGGUUAGGAGCGGUGGGGAAAAAGGGAGCCCCGAGCUUGUGCACAAACCCAGGUGCAGCAGCAUCAGUGGAAUAGGAGGCAUAAGCGGAGGAGACAGGGAGGUGCCCAGCCCUGAGCACCCUGUUGGGCGCCACCGGAGUACAAGCCUGGAGUACCCAUACACUCUGCCCCAGCUCUGCCGGCCCCGCUGCGGCUCCAUAUCCGUGCCUGACCACAGUCGAGUCAUGCGGGGCCUCAGCCCAGAAAAAUACGGGAGGAACGUGGGCCGACGCAGUCCGGAGCAGCACCCCAAGCACCACAGCUCUGAUCUCCUCCUGGGCCAGAGGCAGCACUUCCUGGGUCAGGGAGGCAGCGGGGAGCUCUAUCAGAGGCACCACAGGAGCAGCAUUAGCAGUAUGGGCUGCGGAAGCCCCGAGCCCAGGCAGGCACACUUAGGGGCCUCUGAGCACCAUGAAAAAGGCUGCGUGGUCCAGGGGGGCAGUCCCGAAACUCAUCGGCACCACUACAGUUUGAGCCCUGACCAUGUGAAGUUUGGCAGCCCAGUGAGAGACGGGCAGAGGAGGCAAGCAGGAGACGAGCUGUCGCCACACCAUCGGGGCAUCUACAAUGGCAUGAAUGCUUUGAUAUCAGCCGGCUGCUGCACCAACAACUGUAGAAAUGUCAAGCUAUGGGACAGCUUUGAUGCCUCCUCCUGACCCAGACUUGACCAGCUGGGCUCCUCACACGGAGCAGAGGUCGCAGUGGUACAGCCCUCCUGCGUCUCUGGCUUUGAUAGACACGAGAGCCCCGGGACGUCCUCCUCCACGACUCCGGGUGGCCCCCCGCCCGUGGCUUCUUCCACGUCCACAGCCCUGAAACAGCCUGCCUCCAUGUUUUCAUUUCUACAUAUCGAGAGUUUAUGAG